AGACUGCAGCCCCUGUAACACAAAUCUACACAUAACCACAUCCAGGUUGGUUUUUGUGAGGUGUGGUGACGCGUCCGACAGGCACCGCUCCUCCGGCGGCAACGAGGGCGGAGUUAACCAACUUUCACGCUGACUGGAGCGGACGACGGAUAAGAUAUGCGCUCACCCGGACCAGUUGACCCUUUGUUAGGGUUAAAGUGAUUAUUUAUUGUCUUCUUUUCAUAGCUUUUCUAACUCUUGGCGCAGCGUCAAAAUGAUGCGCUUCCUGCUGCUCUUCAGUCGCCAGGGGAAGCUGCGUCUGCAGAAGUGGUUCACUCCCAUAUCGGAACGUGAGAAGAAGAAGAUUAUCAGGGACAUGACCACAAUGGUGUUGGCACGGCAACCCCGCUCCUGUAACUUCCUGCACUGGAAAGACCUGAAGAUUAUUUACAAGAGGUAUGCAAGCUUGUUCUUCUGCUUGGCCAUAGAGAACCAGGAGAAUGAGCUGAUAGCCCUGGAGGUUAUUCAUCGCUACGUGGAGCUGCUGGACAAAUAUUUUGGCAAUGUGUGUGAGCUGGACAUAAUCUUUAACUUUGAGAAGGCCUAUUUUAUCCUGGAUGAGUUUCUCAUGGGAGGCGAAAUACAAGAAACCUCCAAACAAAUGGUGAAUCGCUCCAUUGAAGCCUCGGACAUGUUACAGGAGGAUGACAGCAGUGAGUGGUUUGAGGUGGAGCUGUUUGGAUGACAUGGAAUAUGGACAGAAAGACCAUGGAGGAGUAUAUGAGCAAACCUGCAUUUUAACCCAUGGAGGAGGGGAAGAAGGACGGACGUAAAGGAACAGCGGGGAGGAACCCAGGACCCGAAUGUACUGUAUAUGAGUCAAAGAAGUUUCUGAAUAUGGAUAUGGAAUUUACUUAGAUUCUAUUGAACCUUUUCAAAAGAAGACAAGGGAAUGUCUUCUCACUUCUGCCUGAAGCUUUGCUGCAAUGUAACUGCCUUUUGAGACUAAGUCUGAUAUUUGUCCUGCGCUCAACUGAAGGAAGGGGGAGGGUUGUUUUCACAUUGAUUGCCGUUAUGGAAAUAUAAAUGAAGUAGUAAUAGGAUUUGGGGUGUAAAAAGGGAUUUUAGUGGUAUUUGUUGAGUUUAUAUUUAAAUUGUGUAUAUGAUUCAUAUGAUAUAUUUGAAUGAUUUUAUUCCAAAAACCCUACCCAAAAAUUGUGCUAAUCUGCAACUCCAGUUAAUAAAAAAAAAAAAAAAAGAAGUGAUUUCAGUCUUAAAAACGAGCGCUUUCAACAGAUUGGAGUGAGACUGAUUUAAUAAUGGAUUUCCUAUUGUUUUUAAUCUGUAUAUGCCUAUUUCACAUGUGUGGGACCGUUUGUAUAUAAACGGAACAGUUGCUGUGGGUAUCAUGUGCAGUUUAUGAUGUUUGAGCUCAUAAUUAAAAUAUGCCUUUUGAUAAACA